AACAAGACGGCAGUAUGUGCUCUCACAGCGAGCUACAUAUCGACCUUUGUCGGGUAUCCGCUGGACUCUCUCAAGUCUAGACUUCAGACGCGGAGAGUACGCAUAUCUGUGCCUAAACUCGCUGCCCAGGUGUACCGUGAUGAGGGCUUAAUUGGGUUUUAUCGCGGUUUCUGGAUACCUCUCAUGACCAUAUCAUUCGUUCGUGCGUCAGAUGCUACCUCCCUUGGAGCCACAUCCAUGACUAUUUACGAUAACACCAAGGUAACAUUGCAUAGGAAUGGCAUGCUCGCCCGUAACACCCUCGUUGAUGUCGCAGCGAGCGGUGGGAUUGGUGGCGCUCUCGCUGGAUCUGCCAUUUCGUUCGCCAGUGCCCCAUUCGAACUGGUUAAGAUCCGCAGGCAGCUCGAGUAUGCCAUCGCAGCCUCGAAAGGCCAGCGUAUAGCAAAGCCGCCCAGUACUAUGGAAGCUGUUAGAGACAUAAUUCGUACGAAUGGCAGGUUCGGCAUGUGGACUGGCAUGCGCAUGCACUUCCUACGUGAUACAAGUGGGACGGGUCUCUAUUUUCUGGAGUAUGAUGGUAUGCGGUAUCUGAUGGGAAGGCGUCCCAAUGGAGAGCAAGGGCCUCCUCCUCCGUGGCUGCCGCUUCCUAAUGGCCUGAUACCUUUUGUGUGCGGUUCUUUCUGUGGCGUGACAUCCUGGGCCCUGAUCUACCCGCUGGACGUCGUGAAAACGAAGGUGCAAGAGCGAUCCUUAGCAGGUCUUCCUCCUCGCGGUGUACGCGAAACAUUCAGGCGUCUCAUACGAGGACCUGACCCUAAUAAUCCUCAACCCAUCCACGUCGGGGUUGCCAGGAUAUACCGAGGACUAGGUGUCAGUGCAACCCGAAGCAUCACCACUCACGGUCUGCUUUGGACUUUCUUCGAUAUCGUCGCCGGCUAUAUCGAUAGGCUACCAUAA